CAUGCGUAUGGAAUUACAAAUAUACAAGUACUCAAAAUUGGUGCCCUGUUCAAGAAAAAUGAAGUCAUUCUAAUACGUCUGCAUAACCCAUGGGGUGAAGUAGAAUGGAAUGGUCCUUGGUCUGAUAAAUCACCAGAAUGGCAAAACGUUUCCAAAUCUAAGCGUAAACAAUUGGGAUUUACUAUUGCCGAUGAUGAUUUUGUAUCAAAUUUUUCUACUCUCACAAUUUGUCGUUGUAUUAACACAUCAUUAUUUUCAUUUGGUCGGCGUUGGCAUGGUGCGAUGUUUCGUGGAGAAUGGUCAAUAGAGAAUGAAACAGCUGGUGGAUGUAUUAAUCAUGCAGAAACAUUUUAUCAAAAUCCACAAUAUUCUAUCAAAAUUCAUAAACCUACAAUCAUAAUAGUAUCGUUAAUGCAACAAGAUGAUCAUGCUGAAAUUGGUGCUGAAAAAAUCACUAUAGGAUUUAUUAUUCUUAAGGUUGAAUUAAAUCGUAAAUAUCGAAUUCACAAACCGACUUAUGAAAUUACCGGUCGAGUUACCUAUAUUAAUUCUCGUGAAGUUACUCAGAGAAUUUCUUUAAACCCUGGCCAUUACAUCUUAAUUCCUUCUGCUUAUAAUGCUGAUGAUGAAGGUUCAUAUUUCAUGCGUUUGUUUUCUUCAAAUCCUAUAAAUAUCAGAUUACUUAAAAAAGAUUCUCCAAAACGUAAAUGGUAUUAUCCAUUAAUUUAUUACGGAAAACCUUAUUUUAUUGGGACUGUAAGAGUUCAAAUAUUAGGAGGCCAGUUUUCACGACGCAUUGAUAAAGUAUAUAUUAAAAUAACAUUUAUAGAUUAUAAAAAGACAAUGGUUUCACAAAUAACUCCAAAAUUCAAUACCAUAAAACCAGACAUUGGUGCUGAAUAUCUAUUUUAUACAAGGGACCCUUCAAACGCAAGGCUUUUAUUUCAAUUAUAUCAACAUCAAACGUUUGGUAGUGAUAUAAUGAUAGGUGAAACGAGAAUAUUGGUUAAUGAAUAUUCAAAAGAAGGUAAAGAUGGAAAAUUUUGGGAAAUUACAAAGACUUUAACACGAGUUAUUCAAGUUCCAAAACAUAUGGGAAUGAUCAGAACUGAAGAAGUAGAGGCUUCCAGUAAUCCUGCCCAUGUAUAUAGCCGUAAUGAACACCACGCGACUGGAUCACACACAUCUUUAAAUAUGCCUGGAGGAUAUGGUCGUGGAAUAGAAUACGGCGUUGGUGGAAUCGGGGUGAUGAACUCAAGUACAUAUGAUAUGCCUAACAAGAAAGUUUUUGUGGAAGAAAUGAGAAGGAGAAAGAAGAAAAAAAAGGUGGGCCAAACUAUGUUUGUUCCACAAAUUGUUGAUGCUGGAAUUGGUGAUUUGCAAGUAAGGCUGUCAUAUUCUUGCGGGGUUAAUUCUUGA